AUGGAGCUUCUCUGGCAGAGGCUGAUGCACGUGUUUCCACACGUCACCAUGCACGGCCCCUCCAUGCGCUGCCCCUCUAUGUGCAUCAUGUGUGAUAUCGAAGACGAGUCGCGCAGUUGCUUAGCGGUUCCAAGUCGCUUGGGAGAUUGCUGGAUUCCCGCGGGCAGCUCUGCGACUGUCAGGAAGAUCACCCAAUGGCUUGAUCUUUGCAAGUGCGCUUUAAAAGAAGUACACAUUGCAUCAUCAUUCUUUUCACAGAGAAACACGUCGCUGCUACAGCAAAGACCAUUGAAUGCCACACGAGCGCUGCAUUGGAGGCUUCAAUUCGGCACGCUCUUGUGUGAGCACAAGCCGAACGCUUACAGUUCUUCGGCGGAGGCAAACUACACGCGCCAUUGGUGGUGUAAGCAGCCUUCAGAUUCUCCUGAGGAGAUCCUUGUGUCAAGUGUGCGUUGCCACCUGCUUUGCGUGGGCUGGGGUCAGCAGCGGGGUUGCAACCCAGGCUGA